GGGCGCCUUCUGCAGCGGAAGUGUUUGCUCUGCUGUUGUUGUGCACGUGUGGAUAUCCAAGCGGUCGGACUGUAGUUUUCUGCGUGCCAGCCGCCAGUAAAGUCCACAGAGGAAGAAGAAGUUUUCCGCAGCAGUAAUGGAGUCUCCCGCGCGUGUGGGCAGCAGGAAGCGGCCGCUGGAGGAGCGGCAGAUGAAGCACCGGCAGAAGUGCGCAGCUCUCGGACAGGAGGAGGCGGAGGUCCGGCGGCUGGAGGAGCUGCUGUUCGGGGCGGAGGAGCAGCUGAGCGGCCGCCUGGAGCAGGGCAGCAGCAGUUUUCUUGAGCAUGAUGAUGAUGAUGCUGAUGCUGAUGAAGUGCGCAGUGUGUGUUCAGAGGGCAGCGAGGGUCCCCGGGGCCGCCGGAGAGCCAGGACAGCAGUGUGGGAGGAUGAGGAUGAUGAGCAGGACGAAGAGGUGGACAUGACGCACCGCUCCCGCCGAGAGCUGAAGAAGAGCGACGCAGAGACCAAGAUGAGCAAACAGAGACUGCAGCAGCGGCUGAAGGAGCAGUUCCAGAAGGCCAUGGGUGGCACACCGAGUUGGGCAGAGGAGGAGCACAGGACCAGCCGGAGGACAGCAGAUGAAGAUGAUGAUGAAGAUGAAGAUCUGCUGAGGAGGACCGCUAACUUCAUCAGCUCAUCAGACAGCCUGCCGAGAGGAGUGAUCCGAAUAAAGAAGUGUUUGAAUGCGAAUAGCGAGUGUGUGUCUGAGGCUCAGCUGACCGCAGUGCAGUUUCACCCGUCGGCUCAGAUCGUGAUGACGGCCGGCCUCGACCACUGCGUCUCACUCUUCCAGGUGGAUGGGAAGAGUAACCCAAAGAUCCAGACGGUGCACCUGGAGAAGUUCCCGGUGAGGAGAGCUGCGUUCAGCGCUGACGGAGAGCAGAUCGUGGCCACAGGCAUGAGGAAUAAACUCUUCUACAUCUACGACAUGAUGGAGGGCAGGGUCAUCCCCGUCACCAGUGUGAGAGGUCUCCGUGAGCAGAGGGUCUCAGACUUCCAGGUCUCUCCAGAUGGAAAGUUCCUCCUGCUGUCGGGAUCCUCUGGAUAUCUCCAUCUCAUGACCACAAAGACGAGAGAGGUUGUGCGCAGUAUGAAGCUGAACGGCCGUGUGUGCAGCACCGGUUUCACCGCAGACGGUAACACCAUCUUCAGCAGCUCCGAGGAUGGUGAGGUGUUUAUCUGGGAUGUGCCGAGCAGUCGGUGUGUGAAGAAGUUCACUGAUGAAGGCUGCGUCAGAGCAACGUCCCUGUGUGUGUCCAGAGAUGGACGAUAUCUGGCCUGCGGUUCUCAGAGCGGUGUGGUCAACAUCUACUCUCAGUCAGACUGUCUGCAGCUCUCGGAGCCCAAACCGCUGAAGGCCGUGAUGAACCUGCUGACGCCGGCCACGAGUCUGAGCUUCAACAGCACGUCUGAGAUCCUGGCCAUCGGCUCCCGAGCGGACGACGAGGCCUGCCGACUGGUUCAUCUGCCCAGCUUUACAGUCUUCAGUAAUUUCCCACAGUUCCGUAAGAAGACCAUCUUCCGUACUCAGAGUCUGGAUUUCUCCCCGAGGAGCGGCUUCCUGUCUGUGGCCAAUAAUAAAGGAGCUGCGCUGCUCUUCAGGCUUCUUCAUUAUUCUGACUUCUGAAGAUGAACACUGCACACAGCAGAUCUAAUGACUGAAGUCUGAUCUAUAAUCAAUAACCGGAGCGUUCCCCGUCUGUGUCCUGCAUUGAUGAUGCUCUGCUGGUCUUUGAGGGUUUUAUAUGUACAGUUUGUUUGAAUGAAUAAACACACACACA